ACGCGCGCCCCGCGCCCUCCAGCGCGCCGGCGGGACCAUGAAGAAGUUCUCUCGAAUGCCCAAGUCGGAGGGCGGCGGCGGCGGCGGCGGAGCGGCGGGUGGCGGGGCCGGCGGGGCCGGGGCCGGUAGCUCGUCCGUGGGGGUCCGGGUGUUCGCGGUCGGCCGCUACCAGGUCACCCUGGAGGAGUCGCUGGCCGAAGGUGGCUUCUCAACUGUUUUCCUGGUGCGGGCUCAUGGUGGACACCGUUAUGCAUUGAAGCGAAUGUAUGUCAAUAACACGACAGACCUCAACAUUUGUAAAAGGGAAAUUACAAUUAUGAAAGAGCUAUCUGGUCACAAAAAUAUCGUGGGUUAUUUGGACUGUGCUGUAAAUUCAAUUAGUGAUAAUGUAUGGGAAGUGCUUAUCUUAAUGGAAUAUUGUCGAGCUGGGCAGGUAGUGAAUCAGAUGAAUAAGAAGCUGCAGACUGGCUUUACGGAAGCAGAAGUGUUACAGAUAUUCUGUGAUACCUGUGAAGCCGUUGCAAGGUUGCAUCAGUGUAAGACUCCGAUAAUUCACCGGGAUCUCAAGGUAGAAAAUAUUUUGUUGAAUGAUGGUGGAAACUAUGUACUUUGUGACUUUGGCAGUGCCACAAAUAAAUUUCUUAAUCCUCAAAAAGAUGGAGUUAAUACAGUAGAAGAAGAAAUUAAAAAGUAUACAACUCUGUCAUACAGAGCCCCUGAAAUGAUCAACCUUUAUGGAGGGAAGCCUAUCACCACCAAGGCUGAUAUCUGGGCCCUGGGAUGUUUACUGUAUAAACUUUGUUUCUUCACUCUUCCUUUUGGUGAGAGCCAGGUUGCCAUCUGUGACGGCAGCUUCACCAUCCCAGACAACUCUCGUUACUCCCAUAACAUACAUUGCUUAAUAAGGUUCAUGCUUGAACCAGAUCCAGAGCGGAGACCCGAUAUAUUUCAAGUGUCAUAUUUUGCAUUUAAAUUUGCCAAAAAGGAUUGUCCAGUCUCCAACAUCAAUAAUUCUCCUAUUCCUUCAACUCUUCCUGAACCGAUGACUGCUAGUGAAGCAGCUUCUAGGAAAAGCCAAAUAAAAGCCAGAAUAACAGACACCAUUGGACCAACAGAAACCUCAAUUGCACCAAGGCAAAGACCAAAGGCCAAUUCUACUACUGCCACUCCCAGUGUGCUGACCAUUCAAAGUUCAGCAACACCUGUUAAAGUCCCUGUUCCUGGUGAAUUCGGUAAUCAAAGACCAAAAGGAGCACUGAAGCCCGGAAACGGCCCUGAGGUUUUGCUGGGUCCGGGGCCCCCCCAGCAGCCCCCGCAGCAGCACCGAGUCCUCCAGCAGCUGCAGCAGGGGGACUGGAGGCUGCAGCAGCUCCACCUGCAGCGCCGUCACCCUCCCCAGCAGCAGCAGCUCCUUCAGGACGCUUACGUGCAGCAGUAUCAGCAUGCAGUGCAGCAGCAGCAGAUGCUUCAGCAGCAGCUGUUAAUGCAUUCGGUGUAUCAGCCACAGCCUUCUGCAUCGCAGUAUCCUGCAGUGAUGCAGCAGUAUCAGCAGGCUUUCUUGCAGCAGCAGAUGCUCACUCAGCAUCAGCAGUCUCAACCACAGGCAUCACCAGAGUAUCUCACCUCCCCUCAAGAGUUCUCCCCAGCCUUAGUGUCCUACUCUUCAUCACUUCCAGCUCAGGUUGGACCCAUGAUGGACUCCUCUUAUAGUGCCAGUAGGUCAAUUGCUGGUAAAGAGGCAGUUGCAAAUAUGACACAUCAGAAGAACAUCAGUAACCCACCUGAUAUGUCAGGGUGGAAUCCUUUUGGAGAGGACAAUUUCUCCAAGUUAACAGAAGAGGAACUGUUGGACAGAGAAUUUGACCUUCUCAGAUCAAACAGGCUCGAGGAAAGAGCAUCCUCAGAUAAGAAUGUAGAGCCACUUUCUGCUCCAUAUAACCAUCCUCCAGAGGAUCCUUUUGGUUCUGUUCCUUUCAUUUCUCAUUCAGGUUCUCCUGAAAAGAAAAUUGAACAUCCCUCCAUGAAUCAAGAAAACGGCACUGCAAACCCUAUCAAGAAUACAAAAGGAAGUCCAGUCCCUAAAGACCACCGGACUGGAAAGAAAACCUCAGAGAAUUCAUUAGUACGUGCUCAAGUGCAAAAGGGGAACGACGAAUCUGAGAGUGAUUUUGAGUCCGAUCCCCCUUCUCCGAAGAGCAGCGAAGAGGAGGAGCAAGAGGAUGAGGAAGUUCUCCAGGGAGAACAAGGAGAUUUUAAUGACGACGACACCGAACCGGAACACCUGGGGCACAGGCCGCUGCUCAUGGAUUCUGAAGACGAGGAAGAGGAGGAGAAGCACAGCUCCGAUUCGGACUACGAGCAGGCCAAAGCAAAGUACAGCGACGCCCCGGGCUACAGGGACGCAGCCGGCGCGGGAGCGGUCCAGGGCCCUAGCGCAGCACUCCUCACGCCCGCCCGCGCGCCCUCGGACGCGGGAGCGGGGACUCCCAGACCCGAGUUUGAUGUCUUUGGCGCAGUCCCCUUCUUUGCAGCGCGGGCUCAGCAGCCCCGACAGGGGGAGCUGAAGGACCUCUCUCCGCAGAGCCGGCUUCCCCCCGCGGGGCUCGAGCAGGAGGAAUUCGAUGUCUUCACCAAGGCUCCCUUCAGCAAGAAGGUGAUGGCGCGCGAUGCGCACGCCGCCCCGGCUGGCCCCCCCAGCGUGGAUGUCUUUGGCUCCACGCCGUUCCAGCCCUUCCCUCCGUCCGCCAGUAAAAGCGAUAGCGGCGAGGACCUUUUCGGGCUGGUGCCCUUCGAGGAGAUAACUGGGAGUCCGCAGCAGAAAGUCAAGCAGCGCAGCCUGCAGAAACUGUCCUCCCGGCAGAGGCGCACGAAGCAGGACGCGGCCAAGAGCAACGGGAAGCGGCACCACGGCACCCCGACCGGCGCUAAGAAGCCGGCCAAGCCCGCCUUCCGCACCCCUGAGCGGGCCCGCCGGCACAGGAGGGUGGGCCGCCGGGACUCGCAGAGUAGCAACGAGUUCCUGACCAUCUCGGACUCCAAGGAGAACAUCAGCGUGGCCCUGACCGACGGGAAGGACCGCGGGCACGUCCUGCAAGCCGAUGAGGGUCUGUUGGACCCCUUCGGGGCCAAGCCCUUCCACCCUCCGGACCUGCCGUGGCACUCCCCGCACCAGGGCCUGAGCGCCGACCACAACCCGGUCCUGCCCGGGAGGCCCCGGCCGAAUUCACUGCACGGCUCCUUCCACGGGGCGGAGGCGCUGAAAAUGGAUGAUUUUGGUGCCGUGCCCUUCACAGAACUCGUGGUGCAGAGCAUCACCUCCCAUCAGCCCCAACAGCCCCAGCCCGUCGAAUUAGACCCCUUCGGUGCUGCUCCGUUUCCUUCCAAACAGUAGAGAACUUCUGACGGACUCGUGGUAUUAACUCCUGUUUCAAAGAAAAAAAAAAGUAUGAAUAGUUUUAUGAAUUUGAAAGAAGAUUUAUUUGUAUAGCUCUUUAUAUCAUUCAUUCUUACAGGUCAAUCGGAAUAGGCGAUUUUUAAAUAAACCAAAUAGAAAAAGGAAGUAUCUGCACAGGGUAAUGACUCCACAUCUCUUCCACGCAGGCGCAAAGCAAGCGAAGGUGGCAGGUUCUAACCUGGGGUUUCAGCUACCCACCUGACGGCACAGUAGUCUAGGGAGGGCGUGUGGCCCCCGAAAAGGGGCCGGGAGCUGUGGUGUUCUUUUUAAAACAGGAGGUCACUUUUGUGCGCACGUCCCAGGCUCAUUCCAGAAUCUAGCAUUUAAAACUAAGGUUACUUGUAUAUACACAAAUUGCAUUUGUGGAUUUUUAAAAAAAAAUAUCUCUUCUAAUCCACGUGGUUAAAAAAAAAAAAAAAUAUAUAUAUAUAUAUAUAUAUAUAUAUAUAUAUAUAUAUAUAUCAGUUUCUCAUAAAGAAUGAGAAAGUUAUUCGGAGAGUGCAGAGAUUUUUGUCCUUACACCUUUCUCUACAAAGAGGAGCCAGAAGUCACUGACUGUUGUGCCUAAAACUGUUUCAUUAAAAAAAACAAGUGCCAUUAAUAUGGACUAUUACAUAGAAGCCUAGAACAAAAACUAGAGAUAGCUAGCUGAUGGGUGGAAAAGCAUAGAGAAAAAAGGAAUGAUACAGAGGAGAGGAAAAAAUGCUCAGUAGUACUUCAGGAACACUUUAUGUUCUGACUUUGAAUGGCUUCUUGAAUGGCUUCUAGCUCAAAACUUUUAUCAUGCCUCUAGUAAAACAGAUUAUUGGAAAAACUGGGAGUGAGGACAAAGGUCAUAGAGAAAUAUUAUUCUAGGGAAAAAUAUGUAGCUGAAACCCUGAGUUUCUGAGACGUUUACAAUGUAAAAUCAUGUUGCAUUUAAUAAUGUGCUUUAUUAAAUAACCACCUUCACCAACUAUUCCCCAAGUCGUCUGGUGAGCAGCAGUUUUGGAGUUAGGUCUGAAGGGUGGAGUAGUUUUAAUAAAGAGGACAGAAGAACGAAUCCCACAAAGCCUUAUGGGCAGGCCUUGCACAUCCUGCCGCAAGUACCUCUGCACUAAUACCCGAGAUCUGAGAGUGGCUGUAAGGUGUCAAGGUGAUGAGGGGCUAGCAUCUCAACUCUGCUAGUUAGCUGAUGGUAUCUUUAGUGAAAAGAACCCAGCUACCAAAUUGCCUUUUGAUUUUUAUAUCACAAAUCCUAAUUAGAAACUUGAGAUUUUAUAGAAAUUGUUUAAUAAGGUAGAAAUCAUUAAUGUGAAUACAGUCUGUUUCUCCUAUGUCUCCAUUUUAAGUUACAGUUAACUGUCCCUGCCUUGCAAGUGAACAUUUAGAAGUUUCUAGAACCAUUAAAGCUAUUUACAGAAAAGGGUAGAAACUCCUAUCAGCUGGCACUCUCCUUGAUUGCUGUAUUUUAAAUUAACGCUUUAAGCCCAAUUAAAAUCUAUUUCAUCAGUAAUCUUAUUAGAAUCUCAAUUAUAGUGCCCCAACUGGGAUGAGCUAUUUGCCUGUUUUCAUAGUUCUAAACUUGGAAAAAAACAAAAUAUCUGUAACUAAACUGUCUGUUUUCUUGCUUCUCUCUUCUAUGUUUUAAAUCAGAUACAGAUUUGUGGACAAACAGGGAAGCAAUAUGUGAAUGAUGUGUAGCAGAGACACAUCAGUCAUGACAGUCAUUACUGCGUAAAUGUUAGAGCCCAACCGCACCAGUUUUACUUGUCCUUGUGCCAAAGGCAAAUGUUAUGUUUGCACCUUGUUUUUUCUUUCUGAUUCUCAGGUUGAUUAAUACUGCUAAUGCAAAUGCUCAAGUAGAUGUUCUUUAAAACUUUACAAAGUAGAUUCAAGUGAUACUUUCUUUUAAAAGUGAAGAGUUGAUGAUUAUACAUAGUCAAUUCAUGAACUACAGUAGGUUUGUAUCAAACAAUCUGUUAAUGAAAAUCUGUUGGUUGAUGUAUACACAAGAUGCUUCUUUGACUAUUUUAGUCCUUAUUAGCCUUUGUCUCUGCUAGACCUCAUGAGUUUCAUAAUUUAGAAGGGGUACAGAUGAAUUAGUGUGGUCCCCUUGGGAUGUAAAUAUGAAAUACCUAGAGUCUGUCAGAUACCAAGGCCUUGCUUACACUUGUUUUUAAUACACUGAGUAACUUUAAAUGAUUUAGGCACUGACAGAUGCUCUGGCUUAUAAGGCUGGGUACAUUCUAAGGAAACACUUUGACAUUUUGUUUAAAAUACUGACAGUCAUAUGUUUGUUAUAUCACAGUGACUUUCCUCUUGAGAUUACAGCCGAGAGGAAACAUUUAGUACUUAUAGGGGACCCAAUGGGAUAGAAAUGGGGAGAUUCCUUUGUGUUCAAGUGGAGGAAUUUUCCCAAGGAGUAUAGGAUUAGGGUCGCUUUCCACUUCCCAUCGUGUUUUCCCACUACUGUUAGACUAUAUAGGUCGCUCUACACAGCUGAGGCCCCGCUAAUUCCCUCAUGAGAAUUAUGAGAAGAAAGCUCCCAAGACGUGUGAAAGAGCUUAAUGCAUGUUUGGCACACAGCACUCGGUCUGGCUCUGUCAUGUGAUGGUCCAAUUCUUGUAUAAGGAAGGAACGCUGAAAAGAAAUCAUGUCUCUAUUAAUAAUCAGUUGUCUUCUGGGCUUCUCUAGCAUGUAAAGUCGUCACAACUCUAAACCUGUAAUACUUGAACAUCACAAAGGGAAGUGAAAUAUUACAAAGCUAGCGAAAGUCUGAGGCCAAAGUUAUUUCUGUCCUAACAGCUUUAAUCAUGCUUCUUGGUUUUGAAUUAUCUUUUAAAAUGCGGACCAUUUGCUUAAUUAUUUUAAUGAUACCACUUCAGCAAAAUGUUAAGUGUUGAAAAGACCAGCUUCUAUGGCCCUGAGAGGAAUGUAAGACAUUCUGCUAGGACACAAAAUUGCUUGGUAUAUGUGUUUUAGGUGGAGGCGGAAAGGUGGUGGGCUGGGUGAAACUGACUAUAAUAUUUAUUCAGAAGUAUCCAUCAGGAAAGUGUGAUUCUUCCACUGAUGUGACCUCCGCCGUGUGUGUGCGUGUGUGUGUGAUUCUUUCACUGAUGUGACCUCCGCCGCGUGUGUGUGUGUGUGUGUGAUUCUUUCACUGAUGUGACCUCCGCCGUGUGUGUGUGUGUGUGUGUGUGUGUGUGUGUGUGUGUGUGUGUGUGUGUGAUUCUUUCACUGAUGUGACCUCCGCCCUGUGUGUGUGUGUGUGUGUGUGUACAUGCUCGGGCCUAGUUAUGCCAUUAUUUGGAAUCGUAGACAGAAGCAGCUUUGGACCCUCCCCUGUUUAUCGUGUGACAGGGACCCUAGGCUGGUGUCCCUCCUCUACUCUGGGGUUCAACAGGCAGAGCCCUUUCCUCCUCUCUGCUUGGCUUAUUUUAGGUUGUGGUACUUCAUAUCAGCAUUGCGAGAAGGUACACGUGUAUUCUUAUCACUGGUUCUGAGAAGUUUGGGUACAUUUGUUUUAAUAUAUGUAGACUGUGCAGUAAACAUUUUCUUCUUUUUUUUUUUAAGCAAAAUUACUUAUCAUUUAUCAUUUUAGGUCCAAUGUUAGGCUGACAGAUCUACUGUGAGAAUGAGCUGACAGAUCUACUGUGAGAAUAACAUAACGAUAGUUUAUAUGAAAACUUUUAUACACAGUGGGGUUUAUACAUUAGGGUAAAUAGAUAAACCCACGCUUGCAUGCACAUGUCACAUCUCUCUAGUGUGGAGUUAAUGUGAAUUUUUACAUUUUGAAUGGAAUUGCAACCACAAUCAUUGCUAAAAGAACAUUCACUCCUAGUGAGGGUUUACAAAAGCCACUAAAAAGAAUAAGGUAGACAGAUGAAAAUGCAAAGGGCCAUCAUUUGGGGUUAUUUUUAUUUAAAAAUGUAUUGUGCUACUUUUGAAAGAGAAUUGUUUUUAUGACUAUGCUCUUUUUGUGAUUGAAAGUCAUCUAAUAGUAAGCAGUAUAGUAAUAAUAAUAGGCUACUUUUUAAUUGCUGGCAAACAGCUUUAAGUGCACUUUCUUUGAUUACACUUCCAUUUUUUGUUAAACUUGAAUUUUCUGAAGCCUUUUAUGUACCACUAAGCAAAUAACUUUAACUUUUAAUAAACCUGAUUUUCAUCUUUAUUAUAUUUCUAAUUGUUAAGACCAUACUUUCUAAAGUUAACUUCAAUCCUCAGAUACAGCUGGGAAACUGUUAUGAAAUAGAAUCAGUUGCUUUUUUUUUUUUCCUUC